ACUAGAGGCUAUGCAAUUUCCAAAUUAUGCCGGUGUGAAAGAUAACAAACAUAGUGCGUUCGGGGAAAGUACUUGAAUUACGUUUGAAAAUUUAAAGUAGCCGACAGCACAAAAUGAACGCACUGCGUCACACGAUAUCCCUGGUAUCGCUGGGCACCUUCCAACUGAUCCGCCGGACGAGGGGCCAGCAUGUUAGGGGCUUUCUUCUCGGCACCGGACUGGGCCUGGCCAGCUUUUCGGCGGUCACGUACGCACAUUCCGCCGAGGCGGUCAACCCAAAGGUCAAGGGGCCGCAGUUGGACACCUCACGGUUCAUGGCCGAGCCCAUUACGGACUCGAAGGCCCUGCUGGAGGACAAGGACAACAUGCGCCAUCGCAUGGAGCUGCUGAUCAUGGAGAUCCAGGCGGAAUUCUGUCGCGCCCUGGAGGCGGAGGAGAAUUGCGGCCAGAAGUUCAAGGUGGACCGCUGGGAGCGCUCCGAGGGCGGUGGCGGCAUCACGUGCGUCCUGCAGGACGGCGAUGUCUUCGAGAAGGCGGGCGUGAAUAUAUCCGUGGUCACCGGCUCCCUGCCACCGGCUGCAGUGCAGCAGAUGCGGGCGCGCGGCAAGAACCUGAAAGAGGGCGCCGCCCUGCCCUUCUUCGCCAGCGGCGUAAGUGCCGUGAUCCAUCCGCGGAAUCCCCAUGUCCCGACCAUCCACUUCAACUACCGCUACUUCGAGGUGGAGACGGCCAAGGGCGAGAAGCAGUGGUGGUUCGGCGGCGGCACGGAUCUGACGCCCUAUUACCUCUGCGAGAAGGACGCCAGCCACUUCCACCAGACUUUGAAGUCCGCCUGCGACGAGCAUGAUGCUACCUACUAUCCGCGCUUUAAGAAGUGGUGCGAUGACUACUUCCGCAUCAAGCACCGCAACGAGAGCCGCGGCAUCGGCGGCAUCUUUUUCGACGACAUCGAUACGCCCAACGAGGAGGCGGCCUUCAACUUUGUGUCCAGCUGCGCCAAGGCUGUGAUUCCCUCCUACAUGCCGCUGGUGCGGAAGCACAAGAACCGGGAGUACGGCAAUAACGAGCGACAGUGGCAGCUUCUCCGCCGCGGACGCUACGUGGAGUUCAACCUGAUCUACGAUCGCGGCACCAAGUUUGGUCUCUAUACGCCCGGAGCGCGGUACGAGAGCAUCCUGAUGUCCCUGCCCCUGCACGCCCGCUGGGAGUACAUGCACGAACCCACGGCCAAGUCCGAGGAGGGCAAGCUGAUGAAGGUGCUGAAGAAUCCCAAGGAGUGGGUCUAA